AUGUCCCUUACGGACAGCACUGACAUCGACAGCAAGUCGGAGAAGCCCGUGUCUGUGAUCUGGGGGUGCGAGCUGAGCAGCGAGCGGGAUUCCUACACCUUCCAGGUGCUGGAGGAGUGGGAGUGUGAGCAGCAGCUGGCCCUGCGGACGAUCUGCCUGGGGGAGAUGGCGCGGGAUGAGUUCCACGUGGUGGAGAUGGUGCCAGCCGACGAGGGCACCACGCACACCCCGGUGCCCCUGGCCACGCUGAAGCCCUCCGUGCUGCCCAUGGCCCCCCUGGUGGGAGUGGAGCUGACCCCUCCGGUUACCUUCCGCCUGAGAGCUGGCUCCGGCCCCCUCUACAUCAGCGGGCAGUAUGUCUCCACCGUGCCCAACCUGUCCUGGGAUGAGGAGGAUGAAGAGGAGGAAGAGGAGCCAGCAGAGGAGUCCCUAGAGAAGUCCCCCAAGGGCCAAGCUGACAAGAAAGGCAAUGCUGCCAAGAAGAGGAGGCUGGAGGAGGAGGAUGAGCGGAACAAUGCCCCCCCCCCCAAGGAUCCCCUUCCCAGCAAGGGGGGGGGAGCCGGCCGGGGCAGGAAGGCAGCGGCGAAGAAGUAG